UCCGAAAUUGUUCGGACACACCAGCCUGAACAAGUUUAUUUGCCUAUACAUUAUACAACAGUUCGCUGGCCUGGAUUUCCACCAGAGAGUUGAGUGGAUGUUGAAGAAUGCCCGGGAGACCAUCGACAGCGCAAAGAACACCGUGCAGACCAACUACUACGGCACGAAGCAUGUUAUCGAAGCCCUGCUGCCUCUGCUUCAAGCUUCGUCCGAGGGAAGAAUAGUAAACGUCUCCUCCAAUUAUGGACUGCUAAGGCAUAUCGGCAACGAGGAGGUGAGGCAGGAGCUCAACGAUGUCGACAACCUGACACAGGGGAGGCUGGACGAGCUGCUGGAGAAGUUCAUCAAGGACUUCGAGGCCGGCGCGUUGGAGAUGCACGGGUGGCCCACGAAGUUCUCGGCGUACAAGGUGGCCAAGGCCGCCAUGAACGCCUACUCGAGGAUCCUGGCGAGGAGGCACCCUGAGCUGCGCGUCAACUGCGCGCACCCAGGCUUCGUCAAGACCGACAUGAGCAUGGGGUUCGGGGUCCUGACGCCGGAGGAGGGCGCACGCAACUUGGCCAAGGUGGCGCUGCUGCCUGGCGGCGGGCCGACCGGCGCCUACUUCACCCAGGGCGAGGAGGCGCCGUUCGUGUGAGAUACCGGCGGUACGUGCGUGCGUGUUGCCCGGCUCGUGUGCUGCACACUGGGUUAUUGGCUGGAUGUGUUACCUUACGUGCUAGAUUGAGAUUGCGAAUAAGA